CAGAUAGCAACUAACUCAGCAAAACCUUUUCUGUAUCAGGUCUCGGGCUCGAUAGGCGGAGAGAAGCAGCCGCCGAGAGCUCUGCCGUGCCCUAAUUCCUGACCUCGAAGGCUAAAAUUCUCGUUUUUGAGAUGGCGAACACCAUGGCGCGAUCUUUUCUUCAAGCGGUAGCCACAGAGGAGGUUGCCCCGCCACUUCGAGUUGUCCAGAUGGAAGGAUUGGCUGUUCUUAAGAUAAUUAAACACUGCAAAGAAUUCUCGCCUGCUUUGGUUACAGGUCAACUUCUUGGUUUGGAUGUUGGUAGUGUCCUUGAAAUCACUAACUGUUUUCCUUUUCCGACUAGAGAAGAGGAUGAUGAAAAUGAGGCGGAUGGAGCAAACUAUCAGCUUGAAAUGAUGAGGUGCCUAAGGGAGGUCAAUGUGGACAACAAUACUGUGGGAUGGUAUCAAUCAACUUUGUUGGGAUCUUAUCAGACUGUAGAGCUUAUUGAAACAUUUAUGAACUAUCAGGAAAAUAUUAGGCGCUGUGUUUGCAUAAUAUAUGAUCCAUCAAGGUCCAAUCAAGGUGUACUCGCUCUCAAGGCAUUGAAGCUUACAGAAUCAUUUAUGGAUCUAUAUCGUCAUAACAGUUUUAUUGGAGAGAAGUUGAGGGAGAAGAAAUUGUCAUGGGUGGAUAUCUUUGAGGAGAUACCUAUUAAGGUUUCUAAUUCUGCACUUAUUAGUGCAUUCAUGACAGAACUAGAGCCUGAUUCUCCGGUUGUCCAGUGUGAUCUUGAUCGUCUAAAGCUAUCAACUGCACCUUUUAUGGAAAGAAACUUGGAGUUUUUAAUUGAAUGCAUGGAUGAUCUUUCUUCUGAACAAAAUAAGUUCCAAUAUUAUUAUCGGAACCUCUCUAGGCAACAGGCACAACAACAAACCUGGCUCCAAAAACGAAGGACGGAGAACAUUGCAAGGAAAGCAGCGGGAGAGGAGCCACUGCCUGAGGAAGACCCUUCAAAUCCAAUUUUCAAGCCAAUACCCGAGCCUUCUCGCCUAGAUAGCUAUCUCAUAACAAAUCAAGUUGCUAACUACUGCAACCAAAUCAAUGGGGCUGCUGGACAGAGCUUCAGCAAAUUAUAUCUGAUGAAAGCCUUGCAGGAUAACUGAAUCUGUUCAACAAAAUUAUGUGAUUAUCUGAACUUUUUUUUUUUUUGGUAGCAUUAGAUCCCACUCUUUUUAGUCUUUGUUUUAAUGUAUUUCAGGUGCACAAUCCAAAAAAUUUGAAUUUUUUGGACUUGGUAGUUGUCAUUAAGGGUGGUUAUCUUCUAUAGAAAUUCA